GAAUCACAAGCUUCAUUGAACCUAGCUCGGGAAAUGACCAAACAAGGUCGACUGGAGCGAGCCCUUAAGAUCUACUUGCACGCCCUUGCCCUUGACCCUCACCACUCCGACCUUUUGAACAGUUAUGGAGAAUUUUUAGAGUUGUACAAGGAUGAUGUUGUGACUGCCGAGCACCAUUACUGCAAGGCGCUGGCCUUCAAUCCAUCGCACGACAGGGCACUGCAAAACCACAAGCGAACACUUCCAUUGGUUGAGGAGUUGGAUCGAAUGAGGUUCACACAGGUCGAUGCUAAGUUGAAGAGCUUGCUUCGAGUCCCGGAUAACCACCCGGGCCUGCGUCGAGUGACGUCAGAGCAGUACUUCCGGCACAUCUACCACACGACGGCCAUGGAGGGCAACACGUUCACGCUGUCACAAACGAGGUCCUUCGUUGAGAACAGGAUUGUCAUAUCUGGAAAGAGUAUCAUAGAACAUAACGAGAUACUUGGCAUGGAGGCAGCCCUGCACUACCUGAACACAUCCCUGGUCAAAAGACUGGGCACCAUCAAGAUGGACGACAUCCUGCAGAUACACAAACGAGUCCUCGGUUUUGUCGACCCCAUAGGUUCUGGAGUGUUCCGUACGACGCAAGUCUUCGUGGGUAACUUCAUGCCCCCGCCUCCGCAAGAAAUCACCAACCUGAUGAACGAUUUCAUCGAGUGGCUUAACUCGGAAGAGACAUUCGAGGCCCUGCACCCUAUCGAGAUGGCGGCCCUGGCGCACUACAAACUGGUCUACAUCCACCCCUUCUACGACGGUAAUGGCCGGACGAGUCGUCUGCUGAUGAAUUUGAUCCUGAUGAUGGCCGGCUACCCUCCCAUCAUCCUGCCCGUCGAACAGAAGCAGAACUACUAUCAGUACCUCGAGACGGCCAACAAUGGUGACGUCAGGCCUUUUAUCAGAUUCAUAUCAAGCUGUGCAGAGAGGACGUUGGACGAGUACCUGCUGGCUUCGGUCACCUCUGUGGCCAGCAACAGGUCACGACCCGAACUACUUGCCCAGCAGAAGCAGGCGACCACAACUCUCGAUGGUGGCAAUGGUGGUGACGACUAUGGCGAUGGUCUCACCAUUGUUGUGUCGUGAUGGUGGUAAUAAGAUUAUGAUGAUAAGAUGAUGAUGAUGAUGAUGAUGAUG